AUGUGCUAGACGAGGCGACAGGCAAGUCCAGCGGCAACCCACGGAUAUCAUCAGUGAUAGUGACUGAGAAAUACUAUAUUGGCGCCCAACUCGAGGCCCUGGACUUGCCAGUUAUUCCGAGAAUUUUUUUCCCGUAGACAAUGCUUAAACAAAGAUGAAGUUGGAAUUAAUGGUAGCCAGUCUGCUGAUCUUGAUUCCUUUUGUGUUGCUGCAACAAACAGAACCUAAACAAUGCGUGAUCAUCCAGGACAAGAUGUCCAUUCAUACACCUCCAAUUCCUUCUUUUUUGUUGAAAAACAACAGAACAGAGUGUCAAGUAAACAGAGCAGGAGAAAGAAUGCUGAGAUGUGGCAAUUCGGAUGUGUACAUAAAACCAGAAUGUGUCUGUUCCUUCCACAACGUGUAUGAAGCUGUGUAUCACCAAUACUCCGCUUGUCCACAAGGCAGGGGAUCAGAUGUUGUCACGAAAUUAAAAUGUCCAGAUUGCUUUAGAUAUAGUUUGAAUAACAAAGGACCCUGUAUCAACGGAGGCAAGCGGUCAUGCAAAGGGGAUGAAGUGGCUCCAAAAAUCGCAUGCGAAUGUCCUCCGCAAUACAAGGGAAUGUUUUGUGAGGAAAAAAUGGAAAAUAUCACAAGACUCUGUAAUAGAAUCCCAAAAUCUUCGGCUGCUACCUUAAAGACCUGUACGUUAACGAAAAAAGAAUGUGUCACAUAUAGCCGGAACAGGCAGUAUGCCUUCAAGUGUAACGAGACUGACACAUCUCAGGAAAGAGGAGAACUGCCGUUGUGCAUAGACACAGAAGAUAUCACAAUGUCCCCCGCUGUCACUGAUGUUACUUACUCGAUUGUCCCCGGAGAUACAAAGACGGUUCGGGUUGAUUCACUAAACAUGGUUUCUGCAGCUGAAAUACAUUCAUCUAUCCCCGUGCUGACCGUGAUUUCACUUACGUUACUAUUGUGAAAUCUUUUUAUUAUGUUGGUUUUUAUGUAAUGAUAUUUAUUAUUAUACAUAAAUUCAAAACUCACCACUACUACAUGGAACAUUAAAUGGCCUACACAAUCAUCACUCUCGUUUAUAUUCAUAUGAAGACGUACGGAUUGUUUUUUCAUGUUAAAUGUAAAAUAUUCUGAAAAAGGUUCUUAUAUUUGUACUUUGUUAUCAUAUAAUAUUGUAAUUGCUCAAAAAAAUAUAAGAUACACAGUAUGUAGGAUGCACUUAUCAGUACUUUUUCUUCAGACAGAUGCUUUCAUUUCAAACAUUUCACUGUAAUGAUUAAACAUACACAUGUUACUGAUGUGAAGGUGUCCUAGUACUACUUAAACUAAUAAUAUACAUGUAUGGCGUGCAGAGUAUGUCCAACUUUAUAUGCAACUAUUUUUUAUUUGAAUAAAAUUUUUAUGUUAAGGAAACAUUGUAGAAAUGGCAAAAUAUACAACGAAUUACUGAGUAUUGUAGAGUUUAGAAUAUAGCAAAUAUCAAUGUGUUUUGGAACUGUUUCUUUGUUUGAAUUGAUUGUUUCAACUUGUUUAUUUUUAUUAAGUUUAUUUACAACAGUGCCAAAUUCAUGUACGUGAUAAUUUCCUUUUGUCAAAUGUAUAUUAUGUAUAUACUUGAUCAUAAUAAUGCAUCUAAGUUGAUACCAUGUAAUUAAUACAUUUUAAAUAAUGUAUUUACAUAAUCCUUCCUUUUGUUUUUAUAUCCUGUAAUCAUAUUCAUAUCACGCCUGAAUUAAGACACUUGUUACCGGUAUUUGAUCUCAAUAUAUGAUCUUAAAUGGCUUAUUUGUUUUAAACUUAAAUAUUCUAUGAUUGUUUGAUAAUUAUUUUUGUUGAUUUAUGUUUUUCUAAAUAUUUUACCCUCCUGUCUAUCAGUAAUUAAUCAGUAAUUAAACGAGUGUUUUAAUGAUAUAUUUUGUUAAUGCAUUAGAGAUACAUAUUUACAUUUGCAAACGUUGAAUAGUAAAAUUUCACGAAGUUCUUUCAAUUUAUUCACAUAAGAUAAAAUGUCAAAUCCGAUCAUUCUAUGUAGAAACUAAGAGAUAUUGAUCGUUGUUAUUAAAAAAUAAUCAAAUUUGAAUUUAAGCGUUUCUAGAAAGAAAAAAAAAAUAGAAAAGUGUGAACCAUUUAACUUUGAGGUUUAUACCUGAUGACUAGGAGAACAUGGUAGUUACUUCAGAGUGGGAUUGUUAUAAACUUUGAAUAGUAAAAUAUACGAAGUUCUUUCAAUUUAUUCACAUAAGAUAAAAUGUCAAAUCGAUCAUUCUAUGUAGAAACUAAGAAAUAUUGAUCGUUGUUAUUUAAGAAAUGAACUCAAUGUCUACCCAAGAUAAACGAGUAUAACCUGGGUAAGGGCAGUUUCCGCGAAACGGAUUAUAAAAUAGCUUAAAUUGCUCCAACCCAGGUAAUACGAGUAUAACUUAGGGUAGAUAUCAAAUUAGUUCUUAUAAUUUAAUUUUCUAUAAUUUACUGUAAAAAAAAUGAGUGCGUUUUACUUUUGAAAUAAUAUUAAUCUGUUCAAAAUUCAAAUGUAACGUCUGGCAGAUUAUUACGUUUUUGACGUUAAUGCAUUGUGACGUGUCUUGUGACGUGCAAACCAGGUUAUAGAAAUUUAACUUAAUUUUUUGACAAAUUAAAUGCCGCGUUACAACCAGAAUUAAAUUAUUAAAAAAUAAUCAAAUUUGAAUUUAAGCGUUUCUGAAAAGAAGAAAAUAGAAAAAGGUUGAACCACUUAACUUGGAGGUCUACACCUGAUAAACAAGGAACACUUGUUAUAUAUGUAUUUUUUUUACAAUUAAAAUUCAAAUAAUAACUACUAUGCAUUUUAUCAUAACAAGAUAUUGUCUUGUAAUUACUUGUAAUUACGAGAUAAUUAACUCGUGAUAACGAGAUCUUUUCUUGUAAUAACAAGAUACUUAACUCGUUAUAUAACGUGAUUUUGAACUCGUAAUAACAAGAUCUUCUCUCGUAAUAUCGAGAUAUUCUCUUGUAAUAACGAUAUAUUUUCUCGUAAUAACGAAAUAAGUAACUUGUUAUAACGACAUAUUUUCUUGUAAUUAAUUUGUUCUAGCUCCGCGAAUCACGCUGAGAUUGCCAAUUUUCCAAAUAAAAGUUUGGCAAACAUUCAUCCCCGAGGAAAAUUUUCAGACAAAG